AAGGAGGGAGGCAGCACCCAGCCCACUGAGCCCUUCUCCUGCUGGGGCGGACUUCUUCUAGAGAGGGAGAAGUCUUCCAUCCGCUGUGUGAGCAAAGAAGACAGGAGGGUGGUGAGGAACCGCCAAGUCUCUGGGGACCGCAGCUGGAAGCGACGUCCGAUGGGUGUGUCGGGCAGGAGGUGAUAUUUGACGGGUCCGCGGAGCCGGCGAGCUGCUGCGGAGCCAAGGGCACCAGGCACUGGGUGAGAGAUGGCCUCCCCGGACCCGCCGCCCGCCACCAGCUACUCCCCGCCCGACGUGCCCCUGGGGGUCUCGCUGUUCCUCACCAUCCCCUACGCCUUCUUCUUGCCGGAGCUGGUAUUUGGGUGCUGGGUCUGGAUGCUGGUAGCUGCCACCCAGGUAGCAAACGCCUUGCUACAAGGAUGGGUGAUAUAUGUCUCACUCACCUCUUUUCUCAUCUCCCUGAUGUUCCUGUUGUCUUACUUGUUUGGAUUUUACAAAAGAUAUGAGUCCUGGCGAGUCCUGGACAGCCUGUACCACGGCACCACUGGCAUCCUGUACAUGAGUGCCGCUGUCUUACAAGCACAUGCCACCAUCGUUUCUGAGACCGCGGACCUGAGGAACUACUACAUAAACACCGCAGCCUCGUUCUUCGCCUUUAUGACCACCCUGCUCUACAUUCUCCAUGCCUUCAGCAUCUAUUACCACUGAAGAAUCGGGGAGCCGUGCCGAAGGGAGAAAUGCCCUGUGAACACCUGGAUGAUCGGCUCCCAAAAGUAGUUUUCAACAUCCACCAUCUGGAUGGUAAACGGAAGAUCAACAAAAACAUCGAUGGGAUGGACAGGCCAGCUUUUCAGGCUGAGUGACCAGAUCGCACUCUGGCGUCUGUUUGGACGUUGUAAUUCGUUAUGGUGAAUAUGCCAAGGCUGGGGGAGGGGGGUUGUUUGCUUGUGUGUCUGUUUGGCUUGGCUUUUGCCUGGGAAGGUAACUGUCUCAUCUGACAAGGAACCUCGCUCUAUUGGAAAACUGAUAUCCGAAGCCCUCGCCGCCAUUGAGAAUCCCACAUCUGCCAUCGUCACGUCUGUUUGGGGACUCCGCCCCAGCACUGAGUGAGGUUCCCUGGAGCAGGUUCACGGGGACGUUCAGUCUUGUUUUCUUAAAAUCAAAAUGGUGCUGUCAGUGCCUUUCAGAUCUGAAGAUCCACAGACCUUGCAAGUUUGCAUGGCUCUGCCUUUGCUUUCGAGCUGUGGUCCAAACCCGCCCUCCUUGCUCCCCCCCGGGGGAAGCUGACAGGGACGAGCCACACUGAGCCCCCACUCCACUCCCCCUUCCCUUUCCGCCCCAUCUUCAUAAAAGCAACGUUGAGGGUAGAUUUGUGGGGAGAAAUAAGUCACUGACUCUACAGUUAUACAGUAAGACCUGGCAGAGGGGAAGGAGGGUGGGUCCUGCUUCUACUUCCCCGUAAUCGGGCUGUCAGAAAACUUCCAGGCCACAGGACACCUGUGCCAGAGAUCCAGAAACCCACCCCUAAGGACUAGAAGCCUCCUUCUCCCUCAGGAAAGACCAUCAAGGAAGGAGGCAGAACAUUCCACGCAAGGAUUCUCCUGUGGAAUUCUGUCCCACCUCGUGGGACAUCUCAGGAGGCAGGAAAGGACCCCAUGCCAGGGUCUCUGUUUUUCCACAUGCACCUGUUCCCCCUGCGUCCCCUUGACUGGUGCCAGCAGGGGCCUCAUGCGGCAAAGACAUUGGUGAUUUGGGGGCAUUCUCAAAGAAAAGGCUGGCGUUAUGCACACAGACACAUAAAAUCGAGGUGCUGUUUUCAAAGUGUUUUCCCGAAGAGAGCCGUGCUCGCAGACAUAUCUUCAUCUGCGCAGGGGUCCAAGCCCCGUCCUCUGUCUCUGCACUGGGUUUCCUGACCCAGGCGAGUCGGGCGCAGCCCCAUAACUGCAUGUGUCUGCUAUGGUUUUGACAUGAAAUAAAUUAUUACGUGAAAGGGACUAGUCUUAGCCAAUUCCAGGACUUACGGUUUUGUACCAACUUUUUUCUGCCCCCGGGGGCUGGGGGUGGGGACAGGGAGCCACCAAAGAGAACUCUCUGGCUGCAAAAUCCGGCAUCGUUGACCACUCCCUUUCUCACCACGGUGAUAUCUUGAAAAGCCACCAUUUAUCUCUCACUUUGUUGCCUGGGAUGAUUACUGUUCAAUAUUUACUGAGUAGCCGUAUCCAAAUAAAAGCUGUUUGUACAGUAAAAAAUA